AAUUUUUUUAAAUGAAAAAUCAUCGAAUGCCAAAAAUUGUAAUAUAUUUUAACUGUUAAGUUGCGAUCGAUUGUCAUUCUCUUAUUAUCACCGAUGUAGUCGAGCGAAUUUUCUAAGUAGGAUACGAGAUAAGAGUGUACCUAAUAAAAAUGAACUUUAGGCUUUCAAUAACUUUAAGUAUGGAAUGAUAGAAGAAAACCAAAUGGGUUCUCAAAUACUGGAAAUCAUUCGGCAAGGAAUAUGGGCAUCUUUUACCGGCGGCUGGUUUUAUGACCCACGUCAGGAUGUUUUUUGUAAUACAUUUCAUUUAUACAUUUGGCUCUACCUUUUAAGCGUUCCUUUCUGUAUUUAUGUGUAUUUUCCAUCAUCGUUAAUAUUCUGGUAUUUUUAUUGCGGAUCUGUAACAAUAGUCCUUGCUGUUUUGAAACUGGUUAACUUCGGACUUCAUCGCAUGUAUGAUACCAAAGAGUGUAUACAAGAAGAAGUGCAAGUCUUGAAAAAAGAGGACGAAGGAAUAGAAUUACAAAUUUUAUCUAGCAAACUAACAGAUAAAGGAGCCACGUCUGUAAAUCAUAAUGAAAGCGAAUUCCCACAUUUUCGUAGCAUCGACGAAAGCAUUGAAUGUAUAUGCCAUCAAAAAAUAUACGAGGAACGAACCCAAAAACUCAACGGCAAAGGAAACGAACGACCCGCUAGUACCAUCGAUUUUACAGCUGAGGUGCACCGCAAGAAUUCAUCGGAAAGCGACGCCACUCCGAAUUUAUUGAGUAUAGAAUCCGACAAUGAUUCCAACAUCGUUCACUUGUAUGAAUGCGGAUGGAGCCAUUCGAAUUUUACUAAUUUAAAUUAUUUACCAACGACUGCACAUAUUGAUAUUAAACCGACAGGUAGUCAUAAUCACCUAACCUACGCUAAAUCCAAACCGAACAAAAUGAAGAGUGUGCCUUAUUCACUGAAUUUAUCAAAAUACCACCAGACAACUAAACCUUCCACGAGUAGAAUAGUAGAUAUGUCUAGUCAAUUUCACCCGAAUAUAAGGGAGCUAGAUAGUUUAAGAGAUAGUACAAAUUCCGAAGGGAAAUUGUUGGGCGACAUCGACAAUUCGAAUUCCAGUUCGACGUUCGAUGUACAAGAAGCAGCGAUGGCUAACAACACGAGCGACAAAAAUCUUUCUUUCAGCAAUUCCAGCAUCGAAAUCGACGAAAAAGUCGAAACUUCUUUGCGGAGAAGACAGCCGUCUGGAUCCCGAAGGGGCCACGUUAAAGAAAAAGACACCGUAAAGCACAAUAGAAGGAAACGAAUCGCGUACAGCAGGAGGAAUCGAACGAAACCGAAAAGCAACCUGCAAAAUCGACGCCAAGAAAAAUUUUCCAGUUUGCUCGAAUUAGAUUUGGAUUGGCUAUUCGAAGACAACCAAUCUCUUCAAAACAAAGAUUCAUUAAAACGAGACACCGAAUGGUCCAGCACCAUAGCAGUACCAUUGGAACGCGACAUAGAGGAUCAGGUUGAAGAUCCGGGGCCUUCCACUUCCAGCCUGGGCGCCAUACCUAAAAGGAUGCCGUCGAAGAAUAGGGAGCGCUCCACGUCCGCCCCGAGGAAGUUCCCCAAAAGCGAGUCGAAGAAAUGCCGGACGUGCGGCUGCAAACCGAAUCCCAUUCUGGGAACCGAGAAAACCAACGCGCCCCUAACGGAGAACAAGCUCACCCAAACGCAAUUGCAACGUUGCACGAACGACGCUUCUAUCGAUGUGUCAGACUACACAGCGGUGUCUCAUUAUCAUUCGGACGAUAAAAUCGAUUGUGACUACAGCAAAUCGAACGUACAAUUGAAAAACGAGGACGGUUCGUCUAAUGGAUCCAAUAACGAAUUAAGUACUCUCUUACCUCCUGUGCCAUUGUUGUCUGUAUUCCUUCAACCGAGAUCGGAGAAUAUUUAUUGCGGUUGCAAUUCUAGUCAAAUUAGAAGGAAGAGGAUAAAUAAUAACGUAGAGAGAAGGAGAUCAAUGCAGGGUAGCAAGGAAAAUAUAUCCAAAUCGAUGUUUCCUAUGAGCGGUUCACACAAUACGAAAAGUAAUUGUCUCUUUUGCCAAUUAAAAGGCUACGAUGAGCACGAUCGUUUCUACAUAUUACCGAGCGAUAUUAUAGCAGGAGGUGGUGGUCAAAAUUCGCAGAACAACGGAAGUGGAACCAGCUGUUUAAAUCAGCCCGUUCAUCUCCUUCGACAGUCUUCUCUUCGUCUUCCAAGUCAACAACGGUCUAUCGAUAUAUGGAACAGUACUGAAUCGGUCAGCAACAGUUCGGCGUCGCUGCAGAAAUCCAAUCGACCCGCCGGUGGCUCGGAGGUCAUCAGGCAGGAGUUGGAGAUCGAUAGACUGUUGGUGGACGUGCAUAACGAAUCUAAAUUCAAGUGUCUUACGUCAGAUCCCGUUGACAAUAAUUACAAACGAACAAAAACUUACUACGUCUUUCGAAUGUGGCCUUGGUCGUACAUCAAAGUCAGCACGGACAGGUUGAAGCUGUUGGCUUUGCUGGAUAGGAAUCUAUCGUUGAUCGAGACGUUGUUGUCAAUAAUAAUAGGAAGUACGGUGGGGAUACUCGGCGCUAUACUGUUGUUUAGGGGAUACUACAAAGAUAUGUCGGCUUUCGUACUUUGCCUCGUAAUCGCCAGUUGCCAAUAUUCGUUGAUUAAAAGUGUUCAGCCCGACGCCGCUUCGCCGACGCACGGUUUUAACAGGAUUAUUACGUACUCCAGACCUUUGUACUUUUGUCUUUUUUCCAUUUUAGCCUUAAUUAUAGAUUCGCUCGUACUGCAAGACACGAGACUAGUUCGAAAUACCGGCGUCGCGCUGAUCGGUCAACGCCUUCUACUGUUGUUCAAUGAACUUUUAAUCAAUUUCAUUUUGAUAUUCCCGCUGCUAUUUUCGCUGGGGCUCUUUCCGCAAAUCAACACGUUUCUGAUGUACCUCCUCGAGCAGAUAGACAUGCACGUGUUCGGCGGUAACGCCGUGUCGAGUUUAUCGGCCGCUUUGUACUGCUUCAUUCGAUCGUGUUUGGCUACGCUAGUGCUCGGCGGAUUGGCCUAUUUCGGUUUGAACGAGAGCAAAGGGGCGCAGCACGUGCUGUUUUCCGCGUUCUGCGCGUUUCUGAUAUCCAUCUCGUACCACCUCAGUCGCAGUUCGAGCGAUCCCGCGCACAUAUGGAAGAUGUUCAAGGGGUACUUUUGGCCGUCGGACGAUUACCGGGAAGAGUUGGAUAAGAUUCAAAGCAGCCCGUUGAACAAAGAGCGCGAAGAACGUGGCGAUGUUGAGGUGAAAUCGAGACAGGAGAGCGGCAAAACUAAAGAAUGCAAAAUUAAGACUGAUAAAACUGCGUAUAGUGAUGUAGAAAACGAUACUUUCGAUUAUUUGCCAGCGAAACUUCAAAAACUUAAUAAUGCUCGACUCAAGCACGAUAUUAUCGUGUGCAGUUUAAUUGGGGUGUUUGUUUUUUCGAUUCACACGAGUACCGUGUUCACGGUACUGCAACCGGAAUUAAGUCCAGUCUUGUGGUCAGUAAGUGCUACAUUAGGAUUUCUACUGCACUACAUUAUUCCUCAGUUAAGGAAGCAUUUGCCUUGGCUGUGCAUAGCCCGGCCUAUUCUAAGGUCUUUGGAAUACGAACAAUAUCAAGUAAAAGGCCCUUCUAAGAUUAUGUGGUUUGAAAAAGUAUACAUUUACUUUUCCUUUUUGGAAAGAAACAUAUUUUAUCCGCUUUUGUUUCUUUCCGUAUUGACUGAAGAUGCUCCCCGCAUCGUUACUAAAUACGGAACUUUAAAAGGCUCCUUCGUCAUUGUGAUAUGCGGAAUAAAGUGCCUAAGAAGCAGUUACUCAAACCAAAGUUCGCAAUAUUUAAUUCUCGUUUUUACGGCGUUAUGUUACAAAUUCGAUCUUAGGGAGUUCGACGAGUCCUUUUUGGUUAUACAGUUUUUCGUCAUUACCAUUUUCAGUAAGAUGCACGAAUUGUUGUUAAAGAUUCACUUCGUCGUCACCUACAUAGCACCGUGGCAGAUCACCUGGGGCUCGGCGUUCCACGCCUUCGCCCAACCGCUGUCCGUGCCCCAUUCGGCCGUGCUCUUCCUGCAAGUGAUGGUGGCCGCCUGCCUUUCGAUGCCGCUCAACCCGUUCCUCGGCAGCGUCAUCUUCAUCAUGUCGUACGCCAGGCCGGUGAAGUUCUGGGAGAGGGACUACAACACGCGGCGCGUCGACCACUCGAACACGCCGCUGUCGUCGCACCUCGACCGCAACCUCGGCGCCGACGACAACAACCUCAACUCGCUGUUCUACGAGCACCUCACCAGAUCGUUGCAGCACUCGCUCUGCGGCGAUCUGAAGAUGGGCCGAUGGGGCGAGGUGAACCAGGGCGAUUGCUUCGUCUUGGCUUCGGAUUAUUUGAACUGUCUCGUGCACAUCAUCGAGAUGGGCAACGACGUGAUGACGUUCCAGAUGCGGGGGCUCGAGUUCCGGGGGACCUACUGCCAGCAGAGGGAGGUCGAGGCGAUCACCGAAGGGGUGGAGGAGAACGAUGGCUGUUGUUGUUGCGAUACCGGACAUUUGCCGAAUAUAUUGAGUAUAAACGCAGCUUUUAACCAAAGAUGGUUGGCGUGGGAAGUGCUCGCGUCGAAGUACGUUUUGGAGGGUUACAGCAUCUCGGACAACAGCGCUUCCUCUAUAUUGCAAGUUUUCGAAUUUCGCAAAGCCCUCGUUUCCUAUUACGUUAAGAGCAUAAUAUUUUAUUUGAUCCGUUCGCCGAAACUGUCCGAGUGGCUGACGAAUCCGACCAUCUCGAAGGCUCUAUCUCCGAUGGAACUGGCGAAUUUCGUCGAUUUGGAUCCGAUUUUCAAUUAUAACAUCGACGAGGACUUCGACAUGUCCAAUUGCGGCAUUACGCUGCACAGUUUCCUGAACACUCACGGCGAUUGGAUAAAAUACUGCGUCGAGAGGCACGAGCAGUGCAUCGAGGCCCACUUGAACGGUUCGCUGACUCUACUAUGUUUCGCGCUUAGCUUAUUAGGCCGAAGAACUCUAGGUACCGCUUCCCACAACACGGCGUCGGGCGUGGAGUUUUUUCUCAACGGCCUGCACGCUCUCUUCAAAGGAGAUUUUCGCAUAUCGUGCGCCAGGGACGAGUGGAUCUUCACCGACGUGGAUCUGUUGAAAUCCGUCGUCGCUCCCGGCAUUAAAAUGUCGCUGAAGCUGCACCAAGACCACUUCAUGUCGCCCGAAGAAUACAAAGAGCACGCGGCGCUGUACGAGGCCAUAUGCAAGCACCAGGAGGAGCUGGUGAUAUCGCACGAGGGCGAUCCCGUGUGGAGGCAGGGCGUUCUGAGCGGGGCGCCCAGCUUGUUGACCUUACGGCACGUUCUGGACGAAGGCAGCGACGAGUACAAAAUCAUAAUGCUGAACAAGCGGUACUUGAGCUUCCGGGUGAUCAAAUUGAACAAAGAGUGCGUGAGGGGAUUGUGGGCCGGCCAGCAGCAGGAAUUGGUGUAUUUCAGGAACAGGAAUCCGGAGAGGGGGAGCAUACAGAACGCCAAGCAGGCUCUCAGGAACAUCAUAAAUUCGUCCUGCGAUCAGCCGAUCGGUUAUCCGAUAUACGUGUCUCCGUUGACGACGAGUUUCGCGGAAACGAACGAACAGUAUUCGAGCAUUAUCGGAGGACUUAUCAGCCUGAAGAAGAUCAGGAAGGGGUUUUUGAAUACUUUUAGAAGGGUCAUGAGGAAGCCUAAGUAAACGUACGGAUGUGGUUCCUGCUAGUUGAUCUUCAUUCUCAUAAAUAUUUAUACAAUUUGGGCCGUGGUUAAAAUUAUGGUUGGUAUUGUUAUCGACGAAGAUGUUGGAUUAUGCAUUCGAAGAGAAAGUCGAGGGUUAUUUCCAAAUAAGAAUGUUGACAAGAAAAUGUUGGAAAUUUUGGAAAUUACCUACUGUAAUUUUCUGAAUAAAAAAUAGAAAAUA